AUGGACAGACGGAGAUUCACGUGGGCCUUUCUGGAGCUGGGCACGAGUGGCCGAUACAAUGACAGCUUGCAGGCCUACGCAGCCGGCGUGGUGGAGGCCGCCGUGUCAGAGGAGCUCAUCUACAUGCACUGGAUGAACACCGUGGUGAAUUACUGUGGUCCCUUCGAGUACGAAGUUGGUUAUUGUGAGAGGCUCAAGAGCUUCCUGGAGGCCAACCUGGAGUGGAUGCAGGAAGAGAUGCAGUCAAACCCAGACUCAGCUUACUGGCACCAGGUGCGGCUGACCCUCCUGCAGCUGAAAGGCCUGGAGGACAGCUUCGAAGGCCGUGUAAGCUUCCCAGCUGGGAAGUUCACCAUCAAACCCUUGGGGUUCCUUCUGUUGCAGCUCUCUGGGGAUCUGGAAGACCUGGAGCUGGCCUUGAACAAGACCGAGAUCAAAUCUUCCCUGGGCUCCGGCUCCUGCUCUGCCCUCAUCAAGCUGCUGCCCAACCAGCGUGACCUCCUGGUUGCCCACAACACCUGGAACAACUAUCAGCACAUGCUGCGCGUUAUCAAGAAGUACUGGCUUCAGUUCCGGGAAGGCCCCCAGGGGGGCUACCCGCUGGUUCCCGGCAGCAAGCUGGUCUUCUCCUCCUACCCUGGCACCAUCUUCUCCUGCGAUGACUUCUACAUCCUGGGCAGCGGGCUGGUAACACUGGAGACCACCAUUGGCAACAAGAACCCAGCCCUGUGGAAGUACGUGCGGCCCAGGGGCUGUGUGCUGGAGUGGGUACGCAACAUUGUGGCCAACCGCCUGGCCUCGGAUGGGGCCACCUGGGCAGACAUCUUCAAGAGGUUCAACAGUGGCACGUAUAACAACCAGUGGAUGAUCGUGGACUACAAAGCAUUCGUCCCAGGCAGGCCCAGCCCCGGGAGCCGGGUGCUCACCGUCCUGGAGCAGAUCCCCGGCAUGGUGGUGGUGGCUGACAAGACCUCAGAACUCUACCAGAAGACCUACUGGGCCAGCUACAACAUACCGUCCUUCGAGACUGUGUUCAACGCCAGUGGGCUGCAGGCCCUAGUGGCCCAGUAUGGGGACUGGUUUUCUUAUGACGGGAGCCCCCGGGCCCAGAUCUUCCGGCGGAACCAGUCACUGGUGCAUGACAUAGAAUCCAUGGUCCGGCUGAUGAGGUACAAUGACUUCCUCCAUGACCCCCUGUCACUGUGCAAAGCCUGCAACCCCCAGCCCAAUGGGGAGAACGCUAUCUCGGCCCGCUCUGACCUCAACCCGGCCAAUGGCUCCUACCCUUUCCAGGCCCUGCGCCAGCGCUCCCAUGGGGGCAUCGAUGUGAAGGUGACCAGCAUGUCACUGGCCAAGAUCCUGAGCCUGCUGGCAGCCAGCGGUCCCACGUGGGACCAGGUGCCCCCGUUCCAGUGGAGCACCUCACCCUUCAGCACCCUGCUACACAUGGGCCAGCCGGACCUCUGGAAGUUUGCGCCCGUUAAGGUCUCAUGGGACUGAGGCUCUGUCCCUGCUCUGCUGCUUUUGCCCCUGCUGACCUUCAGCAGGGCCAUCCCCAGCCCAAGGCCACCGGACCUCCAAACCCAGCACCUUCUGGGGGCUUUAUUCCCUGAUCUGGGGUCUGAGUUAUCUCUUCCUAGGGUGGAGCACGAACCUGAUAGGGCUCAGAAGUGACCCCUCUCUUUCCUGAGGUUAGUGGGGCAGUCUCCUCUGCCUGCUCCCUGCCAUCUCGUGCUCUCUGUUUCUCUCUGUCUCCUGCUGCUGCUCUCUUAAUCUCAUUCCCACCUCUGGGGCUCCUUCCUCCUGCUGCUUCUUCCUGAGGGCUUGGGAAGGUCCUAGGGUCAGGCUCUGGGGCUCCCAUGGGGUGGGAAGAGACUGUUCCAGCCCCUUUCUCCCAGCUGCAUUCCCACGGGUGGCCCUGGAAUUGGUGAGUUUCAGCCCCAGGACCUGGGCGUUAUCUCCGGCUGGCACUGUUCCUCCCAGCUCUGGCCCCAUUCCUCCCAGCUCCAUCUCCGUUCCUCCCAGCUCUGGCCCCUCUGCUCCCUCAGGAAGCAGUCCCCUCGUCUCCCUUUCUGGGAAGCUUCCUUGAGGACAGAAACUUGAAAACAAACACAAACCAAAGUUUCUGGCCAUCUGUGGCUGGAGGGUCCUGAAUGUUCUGCUAUCUCCAGCGCAGGCAGAGGGUCAGCCCCCACCCUUCUGCCUCAGGCCCCCACCCCACUCCAGGCCUGCCCCUCAACUCGGGGCUGUGUCCAUAGCGCUCUGAUGGAAGAACCAGACCACAGUCUGUGCCACCGUUAAACAAGAGUGGCUGUGGACUGUGCUGUGCUUGGGGUGGCAUGGAAGGCGGGGUCAGUGCUUUUCGCCUCUCAGGUUUGGGUUCUGUGCCAUCCCCUAUGUAGCCUCCUGUGCAGCCCUCUGUCUUUCUGUCCCUUCACUCAUCUGCCAACAUACUCACCCAUUAUCCAUCUGCACAGCCUCCCACCUGCCUCUCCAUCUUCCAUCCAUCCAUCCAACUACCUAUUCAUUCAUCAUCCUUCCACCCACCCAUCCAGCCAACCAUCCACCCAUCCAGCCAACCAUUUAGCCAUCUCCAUCUGUCCAUUUUCUUUUUCUUUUCUUUUUUUGAGAGGGAGUUUUGCUCUUGUUGCCCAGGCUGCGGUGCAGUGGUGUGAGCGUGGCUCAUAGAAACCUCUGCCUCCUGGGUUAGGGCAAUUCCCUUGCCUCAGCCUCCUGAGUAGCUGGUUUACAGGCAUGCACUGCCAUGCCCGGCUAAUUUUGUGUUUUUAGUAGAGACAGGGUUUCACCAUGUUGGUCAGAGUGGAAUCGAACUCCUGAUCUCAGGUGAUCUGCUGUCUUGGCCUCCCAAAGUGCUGGGAUUACAGGUGUGAGUCACCAUGUCUGGUCUCAUCUGUCCAUUUUCUAUCCACUUAUCUGCCUACCCAUUUAUUCAUCCAUCCAGCGAUUCACUCAUCCAUCCACCUAUGAGAUCAGACAGGGAAGGAGCCUUUUUUGUGUUGGUCUGUACACCGCAGUAUGGCUUAGGAAGUUCUUACCUGUCCAUUUAUUGCCCAUCCACCCACCCAUUCAUCCACCCUCCCAUCCAACUGCCUAUUCAUCCAUCCACCCACCCACCUAUUCUUCUACCCACUCACCUACCCACCCAUCCACCUACCCAUUUGUCACCCAUCUACCCACCCAUCCAUCCAGUCACCCAUCCAACCAUCUAUCCAACCAUUCAUUCAUCUAUCCAACAUUCCAUCUGUUCAUUUUCUAUCCAUCUACCUCAUUCACUCAUCCAUCCACCUACCUAUCAAUUUAUCACCCAUCUACCCAUCCAUCCACCCACUCAUCCAUCCAUCCACCCAUUUAUCUGCCCACCCACCCAUCCAUUCACCUAUCUUCAUUUAUCACCCAUCUACCCAUCCAUCCACACACGUAUCUGUGUAUUUCAUAUCCAUCCCCCAUUCAUCCAUAUUUAUCUAUUUUCUAUCCAGCCAUCCAUCCAUUCAUAUCCAGCCAUCCAUCCAGAUGUUUAUUGAGCACCAAUGUUCUGGUCCUGUCUGGGAACUGUGUUGAGCACCAGGACCUUCCUAAGCCAUACUGUGUUGUACAGACCAGUACAAAAAAGGCUUGCUCCCUGCCUGAUCUCAUGCAGCCUGCCUUGGAGACAAGAUUUUCGCAGUGUUAUGUGCUUGGAGAGAGGAAAGUACACAGCCCUGGAGUCAGACCUGGCUUUGAAUUCUGUUUCCACUUCUUGAUAGCUAGCUAUGGACUCACUGUCUCUGAGCCUUGAUGAUCUCAUCUGUGAAAUGGGGUAAUGGUGUGAGCAGCAUUUCCCUGGAGGAUGUGAUGCAGCCCAUGUGGGGCCUCAUGCACUCAGCACCUCUUCAUUAGCAAACACUUAUCGAAUCCCUAGUACAUGCCAGGCACUGUUAUGAGGUCCCGGGGAUACCUUAUAACAAAAGGGACAGAAGCGUCUCUGCUCUUGUGAAGUUUACACUGGGGAGAUGGUAAAUACAGUAAAUGAAAUCUG